AUGAAAUUCGACGACGUGUUUCAGUACAUAGGCGAUUUUGGAAAGUAUCAGAAAUUCGUUUAUUUUACCGCAGUGUCCAUUGCUAUCGCAUCAGCCUUCCAUGCUUUGAUUGUCGUCUUCUCUGUGACUGAACCAAAAAGCCGGUGUGCUAUUCCAGGUGUGUCUAACGACACCUAUGCUAGCCAAGGCGAGAGCCACGAACGGCUCUUGGAUCUCACCAUUCCCUGGGACGUCAACGUCGACGGUGUUCCCGAGCGUUCCAGGUGCAAGAGAUUCGACUACAACGUCACGGACAGUGAUGUCAAACGCGUAGUCGACUGUGACGCAUGGGUGUAUGAUAAAACGGUGUUCGAGGAAACAGUUACAUCUGAGUUUAACUUGGUGUGUAAUGACAAACAAAAACAGUCACAUAUCAAGAUGGCGGCGUUUUGCGGAAUGGCCGUCGGAGGAAUGACAAUGGGCGGUCUGUCCGACAGAUUUGGAAGAAAGAAGAUACUAGUUGGAUCCAUAUUACUUCAUGUCGGACUUUCGGUUGCUAUUUCCUUUUCUCCAAACUACGUAUUUGCUAUAUUGAGGUUUCUGAGUGGAUUAGUCCACAGUGGACUUUACACAACGUCUUUCGUUAUUGGUAUGGAACUUGUUGGCCCGUCUAAGCGGACCGUGGCUGGACUGGGUAUCGUGUUUUUCUGGUCACUCGGUCUCUUCGUCCUGGGAGGUGUCGCAUUCGCUCUGAGGAAUUGGCGUGACCUUCACCUUGCGCUGUCUGUUUCAAAUGUCAUCUUUGUCGCUUUAUAUUGGAUGGUGGGCAGCUUGGGGUACUAUGGGUUGAGUCUAAACGUCAGCAACCUCAGCGGCGACAUCUACGUAAACUAUCAGAUCGGCUGUGCUGUCGAGACCUUCGGCUACAUUGUUAUUGUAUUCGUGAUGGACCGAAUCGGUUUGAAGAAAUGCUACUGUAUUAGUAUGGCUAUUGGGGGCAUUGCGUGCGUCUUGACCAUAUUCCCUGUGCUGUAUGCUGGAUCUGAAAAAGAUAGCAUUAUGGUGAUGCUUGCUAUGAUCGGAAAGAUGGCAAUAUCGACAGCGUAUGUUUGCGUUUACAUAUUUUCUGCAGAACUGUUUCCAACAUUCGUCAGACAGUCUGGCAUUGGCUGGGGGCUGUUCUUUUCAAAAAUCGGAUCGAUCUUUUCCCCAUACAUCGCAGACUUGGGUAAGUUAGUGGGAGGACCGUUUGCUGUUGCUCUGCCGCUGUUAGUUUUCGGAGGGUUGUCCAUAGCGUCUGCGACACUGUCACUGCUGUUGCCAGAAACACUCCAUGAACUCAUUCCUGAUACAGUGGAGGAGGCGAAAACUGUCGGACAAUAG